UCCACUAAAGAAAGACAGAUAGAAAGAAAGAGCUCACGUGUGAUGUGUAACCUCAGUGUUUUUCUUUUAUGAGUCUUUUCUCUGUGUUUUUUCGUGUUGAUGAUGAGAGAUAAGAUGGAUUUGAUGUGCUAUAAAUCCGGAACUGAUCAGGGCUUACAGGAUGAGGAAUCUACUGAUCAAACCUCCACAGAGUCUCUGGAUUCUGUCUGGAACGCUGGAGAACAGCAGCAGAUCCUGCAGACCAAACUCAAGAUGUGUUCAGUCAAACUGGAGGACUGCUCUAACCUCAUGAUGAAGAUCAAAACUGAACCUACAGAAAUAAAAACGGAACCUACAGAAAUGAAAACUGAACCCACAGAAGAUAUGGACAGUCAUCAUGACGAUGAUGAUUUUAUUUCUUCAGAUGUGAGGAGUGAAUUAUGUUUGGAUGGAGAAAUAACAUCAUCGUCUCUUUCCUGCAUCACCGGUGGAGAGACAUUGAGCUCACAGAGACAUUUAAAGAGAAAACACACAGAACAGAAACACUUCUUCACCCGCACCAGAUCUGAGAUCAGCUUUAAUACCUUACAAGAGAAGAAACUUCAUUCAGAGGAACACAGAGACAGGAAAUUUCACUGUCAGCAGUGUGGGAAAGAUUUUGACUUCUUAUCUCAGCUAAAACGUCACAUGAGGACACACAAUGGUGAAAAGCCUUUCUACUGCACUGAAUGUGGCCAUUACUUCAGAACCAAAGGAACUCUUAAUGCUCAUAAGAAAAUUCACACAGGAGAAAAACCAUACGAGUGUCCUCACUGUGAGAUGAAAUUUAGCCUCAAACAUCAAUGGAAGAGACAUGUGCGUAUACACACCAAUGAGAGACCAUAUAAGUGCCCUGAAUGUGGAAUAACCUUCAGGCAUUCAGAUUCAUUAAAAUCACACCUGAAUAUUCACUCUGAAGAGAAACGCUAUCAAUGUUCACACUGUGAUAAACGUUUCAGUCUUAAAACUACUCUUAAAGUCCAUGAGAGAGUUCACACUGGAGAGAAACCUCAUUACUGUAGUGUUUGUGGGAAGAGUUUCAGUCGACAUGAACGUUUAUUAAAUCACCAGAGAAUUCAUACAGGUGAGAAACCUUACAAAUGCUCUCAGUGUGAAAAGACGUUUACGGAGUCAGGUCACUUAAAAGCCCAUCAGAGAGUUCAUACAGGUGAGAAACCUUACAAAUGCUUUCAGUGUGGAAAGACGUUUACUCUCUCAGGUAACUUAAAGGUCCAUCAGAGACUUCAUACUGAAGAGAAACCUUAUCACUGUAAUGUCUGUGAGAAGAGUUUCAAUCAACAUGGCAGUUUACUGAAACACCAGAAAACUCAUACAGGUGAAAAACCUUAAAAACCUCUCAGUGUGAGAAGCGUUUACAUGAUCAGGUCACUUAAAAUCCCAUGAGAGAUUUCACA